GCCCCUCUGUUUACAUGACGUAAACAUAGCUUCCGGUGUGAACAAAUAGAAGUAUCGGUUAAGAUGAAGGUGAUCCAGUACACUCCAGAGAAACUCCAUACAGCUUUGGUCUCCAAUUCUCAGUAUUUAACUAAGGUUUAUAGUAAGUACACAAAAGAAGAAAAGCGCCUUCUGGAGGAAGGAUUCCACGCUGGGCAGCCGGGUUCCCUUUUCCAACUCCUCACCGUGCACUCUGACUCUGACUGGAUCCUCGCUCACCCCGAGGAGCCCGAAGACUUUGAGGCCUUCUACAGAAAACCUUAUCGCAAGACCCCAAAUGAAAGCCAGAGUACUAUUUAUAUUCAAACCAUAGGUUCUUUUGGAGAAGUUGCUGCCCAGACAGACCAGUAUAUGGAGUGGCUGCGAGAUUACUGCCAAGCCUUCUUCUACGGGCUUUCUGUGAAGUUGCUUCCAGCAGUUGCAGUGUCUGAAACAAAGUGCUCUUUCAGGGUCAACAGUAACUCUUACAACCUUCAAAUCCUUACUGGCGAUCUGCUGCAAUUUCUGAAGAAGAGGAAACCAAAAGAUGCUUUUUGUAUUGUUGGAAUCACAAUGAUUGACCUCUACCCCAAAGAUUCAUGGAACUUUGUCUUUGGACAAGCUUCUCUGACAGAGGGAAUGGGCGUUUUCAGUUUUGCCAGAUAUGAUGACAACUUCUAUAAGAGAAGUUAUGCUGGAAGGCUGAAGAAGCAUCUUCAGCCAAGGCAGAAGGAUUAUUCUGUGUUUGACGGCUAUUACACUCCACCGAUCACUAGCUCUCUGCUGCUUCGAUCCUGCAAGACAAUGACUCACGAGAUCGGCCACAUGUUUGGAAUCUCACAUUGCCAGUGGUUGAGCUGUGUCAUGCAAGGCUCCAACCACCUCGAUGAGUCUGAUCGAAGGCCCUUGGACUUUUGUCCCAUCUGCCUUCGCAAACUGCAGUUCGCAAUCGGCUUCAAUAUAGCUGAAAGAUACAAGGCCUUACUUCACUGGAUGGACGAGGAUCAGACUCAAACAUCAGUGAAGGCAUCAGCCAGCCAUACCACACCUCACUUUACAAAACCCACCGAAGCCUUUAAUGCAUCCAAACUUUGGGUCUGCAGGUGUUUGGAAAUACUGGAAAAGGAUCAAUAAUAGUUCUUUUUUACUCUAUUUGAGCACUUUAUAAAUUGCAUUCAUCCACUCAGUCAUACAAGCACUUUUUACAAUCCCAAAAAUGUAUGGGAUUGUAGGAGGAAAGGUAUGCCCAGUGGAUGCAAAGAUCCAUGCCAUUUCAACCUUUCCAGUUCCAUCUACAAGAAGGGAGCUACGUC